AUGAGUGGAUCAGCUAAAGCCGUCAUUACAGUCAAUGACUUAUUGGAUGAAUUGGUUAAAGAAAAUGAACGACUUUUGGGUCAAUUGAACAUCACUUUGGAUUUGAUCCGAUUAUGUGAAGACUACAAACAAUUUGUUGUCGACUUUUGUCUUCAUUGUCGUUGUGGUGACCGACAGAAAUACGAAGAUAUCAUCGAUCGACUUGACUCUCAAUAUAAAACUAUUAUUAAAGAUAAUUGUGACAAAUCAGAGACAAUAUUGACUAAAAAUAACAAUCAAAUGAGUGAUGAGUUAAUUGAUGGCAAAAAGUUAGCGAAAAAUAAAGUGAAACGAAGUCAAAGACAUGACUUUAUUAAACCAAAACCUAUUUAUAGUAAUAUCAAUAAUGAGUGCAAUAGUCAAACAAAGAGGAAAAUUAUCGGCUAUUUAUGUAAUUACGGAAAUUGCAAUUACCGAAACUGGUCAAAGGGUAAUGUUUGCCGACACGUCUCGAAAAUGCAUUUAAACAAACGGCCACUAAUUUGCCGCGAAUGCCGACAAACGUUUUGGGGACAAAAACGAUUGCUUGAACACAGAAAAAUCAAACACAUGGAUCAACUGAUAUAUAAUAGUAACCGAAAUGUUUACAAAUGUGAUUAUAAUGGAUGUGUUUAUGAGUGUAAAAGUUUGUCAAAUUUAAAUCAACACAAACGCAGACAUAUCGGCGAUAAACCAUUCAAAUGUCUGGUCGAAGAUUGUUUGUCUUCAUUUGUUACAAAAAGUGAACUCAAAACUCAUAACAUUAACAUUCAUAGCAAUGAAUAUCCCUUUAUAUGUCAUUUGGAUGGAUGUCUUGAGGCGUUCAAGACUAAGGAACGUCUCAAAUGUCAUACUUUUAUACAUACAAAUGAGUGGCCAUUUGUUUGUGAGUGGCCCGGAUGUGAUGCUAAAUAUGCCAAAAAUUCAGAUUUAAGAUUGCAUCGGUUAUGUAUUCAUUGUCCAGAAAAGCCGUACCCGUGUGAGUGGCCGGGAUGUGAGUCGACAUUUAAAACAAAAAAUGGUAGACGACUUCAUAAUUUUACACAUACCGGUGAAAGACCUUAUAGAUGCGAAUGGCCGGGUUGUGAGGCCAGUUAUUAUAUGAUAUCCAAAUUGAAUCGACACAAACUAAGUCAUAAUGGUAUAAAAAGAUACCAGUGCUCGUGGCCCGACUGCACCAUGAAAUAUAGUACGAGUCAUAAUUUGAAACUGCAUUUAAUGGCCCACAGAAAUGAUAGGCCAUAUGUUUGUGACUUUGCUGACUGUCAGCGACGGUUCACCGAUAAGUCKCAAAUGAAAAGACAUUUUAAGAAAGUCCACAAAAGUGAUACUAAAUAG